AUGUCGAGCCAGGAAUCCGAGGCAGAGAAAAACAUUGAGAUUUGGAAAGUCAAGAAAUUGAUCAAGUCGUUAGAAUUAGCUAGAGGUAACGGUACAUCCAUGAUCUCGCUAGUGAUACCUCCUAAAGGCCAAAUCUCGUUGAUACAAAAGAUGUUGACUGAAGAAUAUGGUACUGCUUCCAAUAUCAAAUCUCGUGUCAACAGACUAUCCGUGUUGUCGGCCAUUACGUCAACACAGCAAAAAUUGAAAUUGUACAAUAAUGUUCCCAGAAACGGACUCGUGGUCUACUGUGGUGACGUUAUAACGGAAGAAGGCAAAGAAAAGAAACUAAACAUUGAUUUCGAGCCUUUCAAACCUAUAAAUACUUCCUUGUACCUUUGCGAUAACAAAUUCCACGUUGAAGCUUUAAACGAACUAUUGGAAAAUGACGACCGAUUUGGAUUCAUCAUCAUGGACGGUAAUGGUGCUCUUUUUGGUGCCGUUAGUGGAAACACUAGAGAAGUCUUGCACAAGUUCACCGUUGAUUUACCUAAAAAGCACGGUAGAGGUGGUCAAUCAGCGGUGCGUUUUUCGCGUUUGAGAGAGGAGAAAAGACACAAUUAUGUGCGUAAAGUUGCCGAAGUGGCAGUUCAAAAUUUCAUCACUGCCGACAAAGUCAAUGUCAAGGGUUUGAUUCUUGCUGGUUCCGCAGAUUUCAAAAACGAAUUGUCCAAAUCCGAUUUGUUCGAUAACAGAUUGCAAGCAAAAGUCAUCAAGAUUGUGGAUAUUUCUUAUGGUGGCGAAAACGGGUUCAACCAGGCCAUCGAGUUGUCGGCAGAGACUUUGGCCAACGUCAAAUUUGUCCAAGAGAAGAAGUUGUUGAAUGAGUAUUUCGAAGAGAUAUCGCAGGAUACCGGCAAAUACUGUUACGGUAUAGAAGACACAUUGAAAGCAUUGGAUUUGGGCGCAUGUGAGCGGGUCAUUGUCUAUGAAAAUUUGAACAUAAUAAGAUACACACUCAAGGAUAUCGAAGGAGAAGAAGUUGUAAAACACGUUAACCCAGAAUUGCCCGAUAAGUCAUGGCAAGAAGAUAAGAAAACCGGUACCGAUAUGGAGAUUGUCAAAGACGAAUUGUUUUUGGAAUGGUUGGCUGAAAACUACAAGAGCUUCGGUGCCGAGUUGGACUUUGUCUCUGAUAGAUCUUCCGAAGGUGCUCAAUUCGUGCAGGGUUUUGGUGGUGUUGGUGCUAUAUUGAGAUACAAGGUGAACUUUGACCAAUUGGCCGACGAGGAUGAUUCCGAUGAGGAUGAAUACUAUGAUGACGACGAGGAUGACUUUAUUUAG